AUCUCGAACCCGGCCCACCGUACGGUCUUGCUUAGUCUCCGCCCCGUCCCCGGUUUGGUCCGUUCCUAUCAUCACCGAGCCUCGCAGCCGUCGAGCUCCGCCGCCGUAAACGAUGGCCGACGGCAACGCCCCCGGCUCGCCGGCUUCUUCGCUACAGAGCCACCGCUACGCCAUCAAGUCCUCAGUGCACAAUACGGCAGCUAGCCGGAGGCGUGAACAGGCUAUAGCAAUAGGGAAGGAAAGAAGGGAAGCCUUAAUGCGUGCAAAGCGUGUGUGCCGUGCCCCACUUUCUGGCAACGAUGAGGCUACAAUUGAAGAUGGAGAUAUGGUUAUUGAUGAGAAAGCAGAUAUUGAAACAAGAACUGCUCAAGCUGUUGAAGAAUUGAAAUCAGCUUUGUCAAGCCAGGGAAAAGGAGCCCAGAAGAAGAAGAUAGAGGCACUUCGUGCAGUGAGACGUGUGUUGUCACAGUCUGUAGUACCUCCCAUUCAAGUAGCAAUCAAAGCUGGGGCAGUUCCUCUUCUAGUGCAAUAUCUGUCCUUUGGAUCUUCAGAUGAACAGUUGCUAGAGGCUGCUUGGUGCCUUACAAACAUAGCAGCUGGGGAGCCAGAAGAAACAAAAUCCGUGCUGCCCGCAUUACCAUUGCUUGUUGCUCACCUUGGUGAGAAGAGCUCCACACUUGUUGCUGAGCAAUGUGCAUGGGCCAUCGGUAAUGUUGCUGGUGAAGGAGCAGACCUGAGAAGCACUUUAAUCGCACAGGGUGCUUUGUGGCCUCUUGCCCGCCUAAUGCUAUCAAGCAAGGGUUCUACAGCAAGAACUGCUGCUUGGGCAUUGUCAAAUCUCAUCAAGGGGCCUGAUCCGAAGGCUGCGUAUGAGCUUAUUAACAUCGAUGGUGUGCUAAAUGCAAUCAUAAGGAACUUGGAAAAGGCGGACGAAGAGUUAGCAACUGAGGUGGCAUGGGUGGUGGUAUAUCUUUCAGCACUUUCAGAAAAAGCUAUCAGCUUAAUAGUACGAAGCCAUGUGCCUCAGUUGCUGAUUGGACGCCUGCUGGCAUCUGAGAACUUGCAGUUGCUCAUUCCGGUGCUUCGUGGUUUAGGGAAUCUUGUAGCCGGGGAUGAAUACAUGGUUAAUUCAAUCCUAAUUGUUGGAAACAGCAUCACAGAUCAAGCUUUAUCAAGUCUUAUAAAAUGUUUGAAGAGUGACAAUAGGGUUCUCAGAAAGGAGGCUUCAUGGGCAUUGUCAAAUAUAGCAGCAGGCAGCUUUGAGCACAAGAAAUUGAUUUUCACCAGUGAGGCGACACCUUCGCUAAUACACCUCCUGACGAGUGCACAGUUUGACAUUCGCAAGGAAGCAGCUUACACCCUGGGCAAUCUGUGUGUUGUUCCAGCAGGAAGUACUGAGCCCCCGAACAUAAUCACCGAACAUCUAGUCUCGAUCAUAAAUGGUGGAGCCCUCCCAGGAUUCAUAAAUUUGGUCAGGUCUGCUGAUAUAGAGAGCGCAAGACUCGGUCUUCAGUUCCUGGAACUGGUGAUGAGGGGGUAUCCCAAUGGACAGGGUCCACAGCUUGUGGAGAGGGGGGACGGCAUCGAGGCCAUGGAGAGGUUCCAGUUCCAUGAGAACGAGGCGAUGAGGAACAUGGCCAAUGGGCUGGUCGACAAAUACUUCGGUGAGGAUUACGGCCUCGAGUGAGCGGUGACUACCGCCGCCUCGCCAAUCUUGCAUCUGUUUGUGAACCCAGCAGCAGCUGCUCGUGUACUCAAACUGUAAAAUGCAACUUUUUUGUAAUCGUGGAAUGUAUACAAGACUGUCUGAGGUAGCGUAGUUGCUGUGUAACUUGGCCAUCGCCAUGGACGUGUGUGGCGAUGCGGUUGUUGUAGCUGGAAGCUUGAAGUGAGCUGGGUAGCUACCGUAGUACAGUGUGACCUGUAUAAGAAGAAAAGAUUUUGAGUUUUUGAGUUA